AUGGAGCCAUCUUUGCCCUCAGUCUCUCUCGGCUCGGCCGUACCCCUCUCGUUUACGAGAGGUACUUCGAGCAGGCCUAGCUUUUCAACCAUCACCGAAGCCUUCUACCACCAUGCCUUCUCACAGCCCACAACAGUCGUGGCCCGAGACCUGUCGGUCGAACCUCCUGCAGAGAUCAGCUAUGCAGAGUUGGCUCAACGCAGUGUCAGGUUAGCCCGGCGGCUUCAGAACCUUGGAGUUGUUCCUGGGGAUCGGGUGCCGCUUGUUGUGAAACGUGGUGUUGGCAUGCUUGUUGGCAUCAUCUCUAUCCUUUCAUGCGGAGCUCAGUAUGUUCCUCUUGAUGGAUCUGUCGUGGCAGACGAGACACUACAGUUUGUCUUGAAACAAACAGGUAGUCGCACUGCUUUGGCUUUGAAAUCUACUGCUCAUCGUAUACUUGAUGCUGAAGUCAACAAUGUCGUUGUCAUUGACGACUUGGACGAUGCUGAGCAAGACGCCACAGGUCUCGAGGACUUCAAGCCCUUGAGUAACCCUGAUGACGGAUGUUAUGUGAUCUACACAUCAGGGGUAGACAUCACUCACCGCAAUGUAACAAACCUCGUAUGCCAGUCACCUGGCAACUUAGGCAUCUCUUCUGGAGUAUGCGUAGGCCAAGUUCUGAAUGUCAGCUUUGAUAUGGGCAAGGUUGCUGCUUGGGAAACCCUUGGUUGCCUGUCGAACGGCGGCACGCUUGUCAUGCGUGGUUCUGACUGGUCAAAAGCAUUGAAACAAAUUGAGGUCCUGAUUUGCACUCCCAGUAUCUUGGCCAAAUACACCCCCUCAGACUUUCCCAACCUCAAGGUGGCAGCCACCGCGGGUGAGCCCUCUUCCCAAAAACUUGCCGACCUCUGGGCAUCUCACCUAAAAUACUUCAACUGCUAUGGCCCAACUGAGACAACCAUCGUCAACACCAUGCAGUCUCACCAGGCAGGUCAACCUCUCUCCAUCGGAAGGCCAACACCAGGAAACAGCGUCUACAUCCUCAAUGAAUUUCUUUCUCCUGUUUCCGUUGGUGAGGUGGGUGUUGUCUGGGCUGGGGGUGCUGGUGUUGCCCGCGGCUAUGUGGAUUUGCCAGACAAGACGGUUGAGAGGUUCAGACUGGACCCAUUCGCUCAAGACGGUUCCAACAUGUACAGUACUGGGGACCUUUGCCAGUGGAACCACGAUGGAACCCUCCACAUCCUCGGUCGCGUUGAUGACCAAGUGAAAGUAAAGGGCUUCCGCGUUGAGCUAGACGGCGUCGUUGCAAGCCUCAACUCAUGCCCAGCAGUAGAAUCUGCAUCCGCCCUCCUCGUCGAUGGGGAGAUACACGCCUUCCUCACACCCCUCAGCUGUCCUCUUCCAGAAGUCCAGAGCCACUUGAAGAGUCGCCAACCUUACUACGCCAUGCCGACAAAGUAUCAUUCCUUUGAGACACUGCCCAUGACGCAGAAUGGAAAGAUCGACAAAACGGCGCUGAGGUUGACGGCAUCGUCUCCCGUCAAGCACAUGUCAACAGACGACGAAAAGACUUCCUUUGGUCUUGUUCGCGCUCCUCAGCCUGUUCAUCUGGGUCAUACUCGAUCCGACUCUUCAACGUCAAGUGCCACGCAGUUCAGCUCAUUCUCCGACUCAUCCGAUGCCACUCUUAUCGAUGAGCAUCAAGUUGAUCUUGAGAAGGCUCUCCCUGAAAAGAACCAUGGCAAGCACACGCGCGGUCUUCGCUAUAGAGCUCUCAUCAUCUACCGCCGCCUCUUCUCUCUAGUAGGCCUUUUCAACAUCUCGGCAGCCAUCGCCCUGAUCCUCACCGGAAUCAGCCGAGAGUGGCUGGGCAACAUCACGGCGAUCAACCUGGCGACUGCUGUUCUCGUCCGCCAAGAAUUCGUCAUCAAUGCUCUCUACACGAUCACCUGCAGCGUGCCCAAGUCUUGGCCCCUCUGGAUCAGGUCUCGCUGCGCCAAGAUCUAUCAUCUCGGAGGUGUCCACUCUGGCGCGGCUGUCAGUGCCGGGGCGUGGCUGUUGGCGUCCAACAUUGCCGAUAUUGCCUGUAUGUAUGAAAGCUGCGCCAACUGGGGUACGCAGUCGAUCGAGUCCAAGACUAUCUCGUGGGUCCUCUCUGCCCUUUUCGUUGCCAUGAUCGCGCUUGCGUGGCCCUCGAUGCGGAAGCGCCACCACGAUCUGUUUGAGAAGACGCAUCGAUUUGCCGGUUGGUCCAUGCUUGCUCUUUUUUGGGCUCAAACUGUUCUCAUCACCCGAGACAGUGCCCCAGCUGGUACCUCUUUGGGACAAGCUUGUGUCCGAUCGGUGCCAUUCUGGCUCUUGGCUGUAGCUACCGCGAGUGUCGCCUCUUCUUGGCUGUUCCUCCGUAAAGUUCCCGUUGAAGCCGAGGUUCUUUCCAACCACGCCAUCAGACUGCACUUUGACUACACGGUUCCCGUCAAUGGAUCAUUCACUCGGCUAUCGUAUAAGCCUCUGAUGGAGUGGCACUCGUUCGCCACUAUUCCCGCUCCCGAAGCCGUCAACGGCAGGCCGAAGGGCUAUUCGCUCAUCGUUAGUAACGCUGGCGAUUGGACCAAAUCGACCAUUCAAAACGGCCCCUCCCAUAUUUGGACCCGAGGCGUGCCAACAUGCGGUGUCAUGCGCAUCGCGACCCUCUUCAACCGAGUUGUUCUCAUCGCAACUGGCUCAGGCAUUGGGCCUGUGCUUGGACACAUCCAAAACCCCAGCUGCGCGACACAGCUCAUCUGGUCCACCAAGCAACCAGAAGAGACAUUUGGCAAAGCCCUCUGCGAAACAAUCGCCGACCGGAUUCCGAACGCAGUCAUCCACGACACCAAGAAAUCCGGCCGUCCGGAUCUGGUCAAGAUGGGCUACAACCUAGCCAAGAGCUUCCAAGCCGAGGCUGUCAUCAUCAUCGCAAACGAGAAGAUUACGAAGAAGGUAGUGUACGGAUUGGAGACAAGAGGCGUUCCUGCUUACGGCGCAAUUUGGGAUAGUUGA